AUGGAGGGCGUGGGGGGCCGGGGCGGGCGGGAGGAGCCGAGGAAGACGGUGCCCGCCAUGGAGGGCGUGGGGGGGACCCCAAAGCUCCCGCCGGCCCCGGGCCCUCACGGAGCCGCGCGGACCACCAAGGAGAAGACCCCGCCCAGGGCGGCGCCCAAGAGGGCGUCGGCUGGAGGCGGCCCCUCCAGGCCGAGUCGCACCGCUGCCCUUAAACGUAAAUGGGCGAUGAAACACGAGAAAGCUAGAGAUGACGGUUCCUCCGGUUUGGAUGCCGACGACCUCCCGUGGAAAGUCAAGCGGGAGAAACGUUGCGGCCCUUCACCCAUCCCGUUUGUCCCGCGCAGUCAGAAGGUGCCAGCCCGGGGCUGGGGGGAGGCCGGCGACGACGGGGCCAGCGGAGUGCUCCUGGACUGGAGUCUGGAUGAGUUAGUCGCCCAGUUCAAGAAGCUGAAAAUCACGGGUAGUGCUACUGAGAGCAGAAAGGCAGGGGCCAAGAAUCACUUGGUGGCCGGCAAGCUCCCGAGAGUUUGGGAGGAAGACGAAGGACAGCAAGAGCCAGCCGAACGCGGGCAGGGUGCCUCCCUCAUCGGAACGAGAGAAGAGAAUGUAGGAAUGCGCCGUCCCAAACGCAAACGGCCCUUCGAAGGAAAUCCGGAGGAGGGACGAGAAGCGAAUUGCAAAAGAUACUAUGAUAUUCCUGAGGCGGGUUCGGAGGAAAUAGUGGCAAGGGAAAUUUCCCACAGGCUACGGGUACCGCAGAAAGAGCUGAUAGCCCGAGCAGUGAGAAUAAUUGGGACCAAAAAAGCAAUUGAACUGCUGAUAGAAACUGCCGAAGUGGAACAAAGUGGUGGAAUCCUUAAACCGGAUGGAAGUGGAAGAGAAACACCCGGAGAAGUCUAUCUGAAUGUCUUGAGAAACACUAAAAGCCUAACCGCCGAGCAAAUUGAGGAAAUUUUCUGUGAGGAACAAAAAUGCAAAAAUAUACAUCAAGAGGAUGCUGAGAAGAGAAGCCUUCAUAUCUGGAGGGGAAAAUUGAAAUAUCGCAAUUUUAAAGAAGAUUGUGACCCUUCAAGCAAAGCAUUGCCCCCCCCAGAAGAUUCAAAGGAAGAAGGCAGUGAAACAAAGUUAGGUUCAGAGGAAGCAGUCAAGGUUGUUCCUCCUCAUGAUUGAGAGGUCUCUUAAUGGUACCCUGAAUCUGUUUUUUUACACAAAAAUUGUUUAAAAACCUUAAAGUUAGUCAUUAUGUUGUUUAAUUAGGACCAUGUUGGUGGUUUUUGUGUGCAACAUGGUCAAGAAAAGUUCUGGGCUGGGGAAGGAAUCGGUUCCUUUCAUAUUUGGGGAAUUAAUCUAAUAUGGGUUUACGGUUUUCUUUCUAUUUCCUCUAAUUUCAAUUUUAAAUUUAAUAUCUAUGUGAAACAUAUGAGGCCUUUCUUAAUAUCCUCUGAAUAAAACAGUUGUUGAAGGGCAGUAGGGGCAUUUCUGGUUUCAAUUUUAGCUGGAUCAGUUCUUUCUCUUUAGAAGAAUAUGUAGUCAAGGCUCUUCACAAGAUGGGACAUGACUUGGGCUAUUCACUUGCUCACUAGUAUCUCUUGACCUGUAUGAGCUCUUUUAAAGAACAGUCCCAUCCAACUGAUUGUACUCUGUACAUGAUUCUUUGGGGGCUAUUCCUGGAAAAGAGACCCAAUUUUGCAGUUGAAAAAUUAACUGUUCAUUUUUUCAAUUCUGGUACUGCAGAGAACUGUGAUGUCUAGUUGUUACCUCUCCAUGUACAAUAAUUUUCACCAGCCCGAUCAUCUUCUUCUUAGUCUUAACCAUGAGGAGUAAGGGACACAUAAUUUCCAAAGAGGUUUCAACCUAAAACCUUAAUUUGGUCAGAACUGAUGGCCUUUCAAGCACAAAAUCUGAUCUGUUUGAUGUGUGAAAAUAAAAAUAAAC